GCCCAACACAGACUGCCGAAUCCUUCCAACCGUCGUCCCGGGUAGCCCGAUCUGGCCCGCCGAAAAUAAGAAAAAGCGGCUCCCGCCAUUGAAAAAAAAAAAAAACACAAGCCUCGCCGUCACUAACAGACCAAGUUACAGCGGGUGCCCAGCAGUGUAGUAACAGCAGUCAGUAGCAGGUCCUCCUUUUCCCUGCCAGCACAUCCGCCACGCCCAAAAUUUCUUCCCUUCCCUGCUAUGGUUCUGCUUUUUUUUCUUCCUCCUCCUGUUUUAAUUUUUUCCCUCUGUAACCUUUGUCACAAUCUGGUACUCGGGGUGAAAUUGACUUGACAGUGUCUUUAAUCUUCUUUUUUUUUUGCACUCUCUUUACUCGGCAUCUUUGCUUUUCCUUUCAAGUUGCCAGCCAUCGUGUUAUCCACGUCGCGUCGAUAACAGUUCACCCCAUCGCUAUCGAUUGCACAAUCAGUGACGUCUCCAACGAACAAUCCAUCGUUAACCGACAACCGAAGACGCCUUGCAUUUUCGGACUCUAUAGCUCGAAAAUUACAAUUGAUUGUACUAUUACCAAAUAUUAUCGCAAUAUCCCGUACGACUUGCGCUGCUGAUACAGCCAGGCGCAUUGCGAUCUCGAACGAUUCCCGAAUACAAGUCUACUAUCGCCAACCUCCUCCGUCGCUGCCAUGGACGCUGAACACCAAAUCAUGGCGCCGCCUGCCACGGAUCCUAUUUCUCGGCCGAGCUCGACUUCUACAUCUGCUUCGGCCAACCUGGCCCAUUUGAGCGCCAUCUCGUCUCUUGCAGCUACGGCUGCCAGCGCGACCCAAUCGAGCGAAAUGGCCGUUGGACGACCCCCAAUUCCCCAGCCUAUGCUCCCAGAGGGAUCGCCUGCGGCUACUUCUGGUGGCGUUGACGGCGGUAUGCCUACCUGUCAAAACUGCGGCACGUCCCGAACGCCUCUAUGGCGCCGUGAUGAGUUUGGCUCUGUGCUAUGCAAUGCCUGUGGCCUCUUCCUCAAGCUCCAUGGCAGACCUCGUCCUCUGUCAUUAAAGACAGAUGUAAUUAAGAGCCGUAACCGUGGCAAGACGAUGCGACCUGAUCUCAUUGCUAAGAAAAAGGCUCAAGCACAAGGUUUCCCUCUUGUCACAGAUGCUAAUGGCGCCGAGAUGACGGCGGCACAGGCUGCAGAGGCUAUGCGAAGGUCAUCCCAAAAGAACGGCCACGGUGACAUGUCCAUGUACAACAGUGCUCUUGGAUCGUUCAUGGUUGAUGACCCCUACAACACUGGCUUCAAUGGCACGACGAAUGGAGACGGAGCCACCGGCUCUCCCAACGGAGAUCGCUCAAGCGAUGGACCCCAGACACAUGAGCAACUGAUUGCUCAAAACUCGAGUCUCAAGACUCGCGUGAGUGAGCUUGAAGUCAUCAAUGAGCUCUUCCGUGGCCGUCUCAGCCAGCUUGAACAACAAGAAGCUGCCGCUCGCCGUGGCCAAGAGGUUGCUGGCGUCGAACAGACCCAACUGCGCACGCAACUGGAUGCUAGCCAGGAAAAUGAGAAGCAGCUGCAGACCCAGCUGGAUGACAGCCACCGCCGCGAAAAUAACCUGAAGCGUCGCCUUGAUGAGCUUGAAUUGGAGCUCAAGGAGCUCAAGGAGAAGGAAACGGGCGACCGCCCUUCUAAGAGAGCCCGCACCAAGAGGGAGGCUUCUGCUUCUGCAGGCGAUGUUGCCGAGGAAGCUGAAGAAUAAGAGCCACCUAGGCACGGGAUGAUGCAGCACCCUCCGUUAGGCUACAAACCUUAACGUCCGGGCUUCCACUGCUGCAGUGUUUUUUAUUACGAACUUUUCUUUUUCUUUUCCUGUCUUUCCUUCUAUGGGCUACGGAUGAGGCCCCUACUUAGAGAAGACGUGUAUUUUAAUACAAACACCAUUCAAAAUGGUAUGACGGGGACUUUUACGACACAAUGCGGGGGGGAUUCAGUUGAUACCAAGAUGAAGAACGUUUUGCAAAAGAAAUCAUUGGCGUCCGGCGAGAUGCUAAUGAGCGGAGUUGCGGCAUUGCGGGUUUGAUUAUAGAAUGAUGCUAGUUUAAUGAUAUACUCAACAUGUGUCCUUUCUUAAAGCAUCUAGCUCCUACCUAUUGUUAUAUGUUUCUUUUGCAUGUCUUGAGAUCUGUAUGAAUGACAAUGACUACAAUGAACUGGAUAAAAAGC